GUCAGCCUGGCAGCCUGAGCGAAUUCUGAUUUUGUGAUCCAGUUUCUGCCAUCCAUUCCGAUCCCCCCAGGAUGCAGUCGUUCAUUGCGGUAUCCCUCUGUAUCGCAUUGGCGCUCCCCGUGCUGUCAGUGAAUGCCACAGGCCUCGAGCUCCUCAACCAUUGCAACAAGGCCAUUGCCAACCGCGUUGCCCGACACGCACACGCUCUCGCGGCCGGCAAGGCGGCCCACGCCAUUGACAAGGAUGCCAGCGCCCAGCCAUGUGCGUACGCGAUAGACACAAAGACAGACCUUGCAAUGGUGCACGACGUAUCAUGUUCUUUGUUCGUCUCCUGCAGCCGAGUGCUGGCACGUCGAGGCCCACGCCACCAUCCGCGAGCACGUUUCGGACUGCCCGCUCCCAAAAGUGUGUGUGCUGCGCCCCGAGAAGCGCCAAGAGGGAGCUGGGCUCGGCAAGCCUCACAAGAUGAGCCACAAGGGCGCGUGCGUGUCAGUGGAGGAGGCGGUCAAGCGCUGCGGCGGCAGACACAAGAUCGAGGAUGAGGACCUUGAUAGCAACCCACUCAACGGGCAGUUCUGCACCGAGGAAUCCACCACGAGCGCCAAGCUGUAGCGAGGGUUGAGCAGCUUUCAAUCAUGCACAUGCAUGGACGCAUGGACAAGGGAAGGAAGGACGGUCAAGAGCUCUGUGUGCGUGCAUGAUGAGUGUCCUCCCUGUUGUACGCACCUUUUACAAACGAACAGUAACACCAGGCACCUCAAAACUGGCUGAAGCGUCUUCUUCGUUGCACAACUGGAUUCUUAAUGAUUGAGACAUGAGACAUGAGACAUCACAUCAAUUCAAUGAAUC